AUGGCCUCGGAAUACGAGCAGGAGAACGGUCGCUACGAUGACGAGCCUCGUUUCGACCGUCACCGCAGCGCAUCUCCUCGCGAUGAGAUCAGAGAUGACCGUGCCCGGAGCCGCUCCCCCAACGGCCGCAUUGAUGACCGUGGAUACGAGAGAGGCCCUGUCGACCCCCGUAAGAUGCUCGACGAUGACGAAGAGGGUGCCCAGAAUACCGGUUCCAACCUUUUUGUCACUGGCAUUCACCCUCGUUUGUCCGAGUCGGAUUUGUCGCGCCUGUUCGAGAAGUACGGUGACGUCGAGAACUGCUCCAUCAUGGUUGACCCUCACUCCAAGGAGUCGCGUGGCUUUGGCUUCGUGAAGAUGGUCACCGGUGAGCAGGCGGAUGCUGCCAAGGAAGGUCUGCAGGGUGAAGUCAUCGAAGGCCGCACUCUGAGCAUCGAGAAGGCUCGUCGCAGCCGUCCUCGCACACCUACUCCUGGCAAAUACUUUGGUCCUCCUAAACGAGGUGCCCGUGGUCGUGGUGGCCCCCGUGGCGAUCGCUAUGAUGACCGCCGUGGUCCUUGGGGCGCUAGCUGGCGCCGUGAUGACUACCGCUACGGUCGCUAUGACUCGUACAGUGACCGUAGCCGCGACUAUGGUGGCCGUGACUACCGUGACUACCGCCGUGAUUACCGCGAUGACUAUGGUUACCGUGGCAUCGACCGCUACGCUUCUGGCGGCGGCCGCGAGGACCGGUACAGCCGCGAAGACCGCCGUGGUGAUGACCGUCGUGGCGGCGGCGGCGGUUACUACGACCGUGAUGCUAACCCUCCCAGCUACAGCCAGGGUGGUGCCCCUCCGCGUGACGCAUAUGCUAGCCGCUCCUAUGCCGAUGACCGGUACGCUAGCAGGUAA